GUUAAAGUUGAUGGUGAAGUUUUGUAGCAGUUCUUGCUCCGACAUCUCCAAGGUUGGCUGAGAAGUUGGAUUUUUGCAGCUUAGCUUAUUAGAGUCGUUGCAUUUGGCAAAUAACACCACGUGCAGAUUUGCUUUGCCUUCACAAAAUAAGCAGGUGUUUAAAUUCAACUAAAAGGAAACAAAGUCUAAAACCUUGUACCGUACUAAAUUGAAAUUUUGUGAAUGAAACGAAUAAUCUAUAAAUUGUGAGCAAAUAAUAAGUAGUUACAAAAUUUACGUGAUAAACUAAAAUAAGUAUUUAGCAAGUUUAAAUGUAUAAAUAGUUAAUUGUGAUAGGACAUCCUAUUCUGCAGAGAACUGAGAGGCAAGUUGAGAUUGAAGUGUGAAACAAAGUAAAGCUUUAUGUUGAUUACAAAACGAGGUGAUUAUAUAUUCGUGUUGUGGAGACGAUAUAUGUAAUUUUCCAAGGAUUUAGUAGUCCAUUCUUAAGCCAAGUGGUCAAGAUCAUCCACGGUCAUGGAUGAACACAAACCGAGGAGCAUAAUUAGUAGGAUGAGUUUUGUUUUGGCUUCAAUGAAUUCCAAUUCAAAUAGUGGAAAAGAUGCUUUGAUUGAUUUAAUUGGCGGAACUGCAGGGGGAACGGCGUGUGUUUAUGUUGGUCAGCCGUUGGACACGGUGAAAGUCAAGAUGCAAACUUUCCCUACGAUUUAUUCCAAAGGAAUGGUUUACUGUUUGAUGGACACCUUUCGUAAAGAUGGUAUUCGCCGGGGACUUUAUGCAGGAACCUUGCCGGCAUUGGCAGCUAAUAUUUCCGAAAAUGCUGUUCUAUUUGCGGCAUAUGGAAUAUGUCAAAAAUUGGUAGCUUUCGUAACUGGUCAGAAAGUUUCCGAAAUGGGGCCACUUCAAAACGCAUGUUCAGGAUUUUGUGCCGGAUUCUUUUCGUCAUUGACCUUGUGUCCUACAGAACUAGUUAAAUGUCGUCUUCAAGCUAUGAGGGAAAUGUCCACAAUUUCUGCUGGGGCUGGCAAUGGAAGUGUUGGAGCUAAGGUGCAUAUAGGGCCGUGGGGAUUAUGCAGACAAAUUUUCAGAGAUGAAGGGUUUAAAGGGUUUUUUCAUGGACUGACCUCAACAUUUGCACGAGAAAUGCCUGGUUACUUUUGUUUCUUUGGAGGAUAUGAAGUCAGCAGAUAUCUGCUGACUCCUGAAGGAAAAACCAAGGAGGAAAUUGGACCAUUGAGGACCGUUCUAUGCGGAGGUAUUGGAGGUGUAAUUCUUUGGACAGCUAUUUUUCCAACUGACGUUGUGAAAUCAAGAAUUCAGAUAAAUAAACUUAAUAUAACACUUUUGGCCUGUAUGAGAGAUAUUUACCAGAAAGAAGGGAUCAUGGCCCUUUACACUGGACUUGGACCCACAGUGAUUCGGACUUUUCCAGCAACAGGAGCCCUAUUUUUAGCCUACGAGUACACAAAGAAGGCACUUCAUGAAUUGUUUGAUUAAAUAAUGUGAUGUCCUUGUAAAUAAUACAAUUCAAUUCAUUACUUUCCUAAA